CAAAUGUGAACUGCUUACUAAUUGUGGGACCACAUGCCUCAUGAUUGUCAUCUUGCCUAUAAAAGGAGUAGCAUGUAGUAAAUUGCGGGAAGACACAAGGAUAGGAUACAGAGUGAAGCGAGCACGUGCCCGCAAUUGAAGAAAAUGCACGUGAAGCGCGGAGCUUAUAUGGAGAGAUUUUAUUUUGAGAGAUUGAGUGAGCAAUAAAUUUUUACGUAAUGACCUUCUAAUGAAAAACUAUUUCACAAUUAAAUGUCUACAGCUCUGAAGGAGGAGGAAAUGGAAAGCACAAUCAAGAGGGCAAUCUUGCCCAACCCAGUAAUAUUGCAGAGUGAGGGAUUAUAUGAGUAUAUAUUGGACACGGCAGCAUAUCCACGCGAAGCCGAGCCUCUCAAAGAGCUGAGGAAGGCCACUGCAAGUCACCCGAUAGCUUUCUUUGGGACAUCACCAGAUGCGGGACAGCUGAUGGCAAUGCUAAUGAAGCUUGUGCAUGCGAAAAAGACGAUUGAGGUUGGCGUUUUCACAGGAUACUCCCUUCUACUCACUGCCCUCACCAUUCCUGAUGACGGCCAUAUCACUGCGAUAGAUAUCAAUAGAGAAACAUUUGAGAUUGGGUUUCCUAUCAUGCAAAAAGCCGGUGUUGCUCACAAGAUCAACUUCAUCGAAUCACAAGCUCUGCCUGUUCUUGACAACCUCCUGGAAGAUAAAGAGAAUGAGGGCAGUUUCGACUUUGCAUUCGUGGACGCCGAUAAGGAAAAUUACCUGAGCUAUCAUGAAAGACUGAUGAAGCUUGUGAAGGUUGGAGGCAUUAUCAUAUAUGAUAACACAUUGUGGGGAGGCGCUGUAGCUUCGCCCGAGAGCUCAGUACCCGAGCCCAAGCGGAGGGGAAGGAACUCCUUGAUUGAGUUCAAUAAGGUGGUAUCUGCAGACCAGCGCGUCGAUAUCUCCCUAGCAACCAUUGGUGAUGGAAUGAUGAUCUGCAGCCGAUUAUGCUGAAGUUUAAGGAUGAAACUUUCGGUAAAUUAGUCUACUAGUUCUUGCAUAAUAAUUAAUAAUUUGCACCUGUUAAAAAUAUCGUUCUGCAGACAUGGUAUUGAGAUAAAUGAUGCAGGUUCAAUCAAUCGGUAUCACCGCUCUCCAUAUAUUAUCCCGAUUGAUCUCCUUCUUGUAUUAAUAAAGGCACUUAUUGUCCUCUCCUUCGCGUGGUAUAAUUAUGUUGGAGGGCUUAAGGCUACGUGGUUUAUU